AAUGCACUAUGAUAUUACGGCGCAGAAUCACAAUAUACAAUUAUAGACUCAUGUAAAAAUUGAAGUUCCAAUUGUUGAAUUAAAUUUGUUUAUGAGUUUAUAAAAUAUUUUGCUAUCAAUAUACGUUUCCAUGCGUUCUUCUUUGUUAGCUAUAUUUGUUACAUUGACAUGUAAUGAAUUACAAUUUAGGGAAUUUGUGUAACACUCAGUUUCCACCGUACAAUCAUUAUAAGUAUCUGCGAUUCUGUGCUGGAAGGUAGAGUGAUGCAUGUUGUCUCUUAUUUAAAGUAACAGUUUGCAUCGUCUAAUAAUAUUUACCCCGUUCAUCGUGUGUCUUUUAUCACAUUCUACACAAUGAAUAGUGGUGAAAAUGACUGCCUUUCUCUGGACGAAGCAUUGGAAUUUGAAGAUGAAUUGAACCGGGAAAACAAUACUUCUGAAGUCAAUGACAGGCAAUCAAAAUGUGCUUCUAGUGCAGUUAAUAAAAGCUCUUCUUCAGAGAAUGAUGUUGCCAAUGAAUUUCUGUCUCAAGAAGAAGUUCUGGAGUUCGAAAAUGACAUGAUUCUGGAUACUGAAAAAACUCCUGAAAAGAAAGAGUUAACACUAGCACAGAAAGCUCGAAUAGAGAGAAAUAGACAAAGAGCAAAAAUGAUCCGACAGGGUAAACUAAUUGCUCAUCCAUAUGCUAAAAUCGACAUGUCACCAGAAAAAACUGUUAUGAAAGUUACCAGUACCAAACUUAUAGAUACUGGAGGAGGGUUUCUACUAGAAGAAAAUGAAUCUGAAAAAAAGAUAGAUGCUAGGACAAUAACAGAACUUCCUGGCCCCAUAUUGAAUCCUGGACAGCCUACUUGUCUUGAAUGUCAAGAAAAUUUCCCUGAUUCUUAUCUCUAUCGUUCUUUUGACCAUUCAGUAUGUGAUAGUUGCAGGGACCAUGAAGAUAAGCAUUCUCUCAUACCAAAGACAGAUGCCAAGUCCCAGUAUUUGCUUCAGGAUUGUGAUUUGGAAAAACGAGAGCCUCCACUAAAAUUUGUAUUGAAGAAGAAUCCACACAAUCGUUUUGGAAAUAUGAAGCUUUACUUGCAUCUGCAGGUGGAGAAACGGGCUUUAGAAGUAUGGGGAUCAGAAGAAGCCCUUGCAGAAGAGCAUGAGAGGAGAGAAGAAAAACGUAGUGUAGCCAAGAUCAAGAAGUACAACAAACAGCUAAAAAGUCUUCGAAUGAAUGUAAGGAGCAGCUUGUACGACCGGACCACUAAAGCUACUCAUGAACAUGAAUUUGGACCAGAUUCAUAUAAUGCAGAUGAUGACACAUACACUCAUUCUUGUAAAACCUGUGGGUUUGAGGAGACUUUUGAAAAAUUGUAGUGAUUUUUUUUUUUUUUUAGAAUCUGAAAUUUGCUGGUCAAACUUCAGAAAGUACUUUUUAUUAUUUUUUUUAUUCUUUAAUGUGUGGAAUGAGGAAACCAAGUUUAUAGAACUCGUGUGCAAUGUCUUUAUGAAAUUAUAUCACCACAAUAAAUGUUUUUUAAAAAAAAUAAGUGUGGUGCAAAGGUGGCUUUUAAUGAAAAGAAUUAUGGCAAAUCAGAAAGAUAAAAGUAUUUUUUUGAAUAAAUCAAUCCAAUAUUGUUUUCUCAUCUGAUAAUCAAUGAAGUCAGAUUUAAAAUAUUUCAUCCAUUACUGCUAAAUAAACCACUAUCUUUCAUUGGCAACCUAAACACCUUUUUUCCAUUAGAGAAUUUAAAAAUUUAAGACAAACUUUUAUUUCACUACUAAUACUUAUUAGGUCAAUUUGUAUUUAAAUUACCAUUAACCCCCCCCC